AUGGAUCAGCGACCCGGAUCCUCGCAUGAGGACCGUUUGCGAUCUGGAUCUGCCGACUGGGCAGUCAAGUCUGACCAUGCAGUUAUCUCCCCUUGGGUUGCCGGCUCAGACCUCGCCUCAGCCUCGCUCAAGUCAUCGCCAACACCACUUCCUCUGACGGAGACGCCCGACUCUGCAGCCAUGGCCGUUGCGUCUAAGAAGAAAGGCGCGGCGGCUAGCAUUAAAAAAGUCCCAAGGAGAGCAAGGCCUGGCGGCUCAAAGAGAAUGAAGAAUAUGAAAACGGGCUCGGCGGCGCUAGGCGUAGACGAAGCUUCCGGCGAUGAGGAAUCCGACAACGGCCCGUACUGCCUGUGCCGUGGUCCCGACGACCAUCGCUGGAUGAUUUGCUGCGAAAGGUGCGAGGACUGGUUUCACGGAGAGUGCAUCAACAUGAACAAAGAAAUCGGCGAAAACCUCAUUGAGAAAUUCAUAUGCCCAAACUGCACAGCUGAACGCGUUGCCACCAUCUACAAAAGAACAUGUUCGCUGGGAGCUUGUCGCAAACCGGCGCGCUUGACGCAGAGCCAACCCAGCGUGUUUUGCUCUAAUGAGCAUGCGCAAACAUGGUGGGAACGAAUGGUUAGCAGGCUACCCAGAGCCAGGGCCAAGAAUGGUCUCAGCGAUCAGCUGGCGCAGGAUGAGUUCGUGGCCCUUCUCAAUGACGCUUUGUCCGAACUAUUAAGCGACGAAGAGCAAAAGUUUCUCGACGAAGCAGCCAGGGCCCGAUCUGAGCUAGCGGAAGAGACGCUCCUCUGCCACAAAAUGUUCGCUCUAAUAGAGCUGGCUCAAGAGCGCAGAAGAGCGGCCAUUACAGCCGGACGGUUCGGCGACGACAUUUGCGGCUAUGACUCCAGGCUGGACGCGGUUUCUGCGCGAGACGUCUUCUCGGCAUUUGUGAAAUCCCCCGAGGGUGAGGAGGUGUUCAAAAACUCGAAGCUCGACGAUCCGCUUGGCGAGGAUGACGCGGUCAGAGGAAUGUGCGAACGAAAACGCUGCAAGACACACAGCGGCUGGCAAAAGAUGCUCCCCUCGGGCGUGAAGCACCACAUCCGGGAAAUGGCCGGCCAGGCGGCAGAAGUGGAAGAGGAGGAGCAAAUCGUCCGCAGAGCCGUGGCGGAGCGAUGGAGGAGGAGGCAGGCGGAGAGUAAUUGGGUCGAAUCUGUGCAUGAAUGA